AUGGCUCACCUUUUCCACGCCUUGCAGCGCAUCCCCGACGAGCUCGCCGACGAGAUCGGCGCCGGGGAGGCCCUCGUCGUCGGCCCAUGCGGCGUCAAGUCCAGGGCCGUCUGGCCCGUCGGGCUCGGGCGGGACGGCGGCGGCGCGUUCCUGGGGCGCGGGUGGCCCGAGUUCGCCGCCGCGCACGGCGUCGGUGCCGGCUGGCGCCUCGCCCUCCGCCACCGCGGCCGCGGCGUGCUCACUGUCAAGGCCUUCGACGACAGCUGCUGUAUCCGGGGCCUCGGCGUUCAGCAAUCUGCAGCCGCAGUUCAACCAAGCAAGAGGAGUGAAGAUACUGACCGUAAACUUCAGUUCGUCUGUAUGCUGUCACCAGACUCCAUGGAAAAGAUGUUUGUACAAUACUACAUCUCCAAAGGGGAACUGAACAACCCUAUGGCUGUUGUGUUUGGCCCCCUUGGAAAAGUUAAUAGCAUUAAGCUCGAGAUGGAUGAGUCAGAUGUAUUCUUUGCCGGUGGCUGGGCACAAUUUCUGGCAUUUCAUUGCAUCACUGCAUCAAAUACUCUUGUGUUAAGGUAUGAGGACAACAUGGUGUUUACAGUAAAAGUGUUUGAACCCGAUGGAUGCCAGAGGAAGCCCAAGCACAAGGACAACAUAAUGGAACAAAAUGAGCAAGAGAUAAAUCUUGAAGAGAGACAGGAAGCACUAUCCGUACCCAUUUGGAAGUGUAAGAGCGAGAAUGAUUUGCCUUGUAGCGAAGUACAUAAACCAAAAGGAUUCAUGCCUUCUCUAAAUGAGGCGUCAUUACUGGGGAAUUCUUUCUACGAGAUUGGGCAACCGUCAUGGAUAAAGAAGCAGAUCAACACUAACACACUUGAGAAUGAUCUUGCUUUGCCAAUAGCAUUCUGUGAUGCGAUUGGGCUUCAUAAGCCUUCCACGAUCACGCUCAAGACCACAAUGACUGGGUCUUGGCAGACUUUACCGCUGACUUUCUGCAAUGCGAUUGGUUUGUGGGAAGCGUGCACAAUCACCCUCAAGACCUCACUGAGCAGCACCAGAUCUUGGCAGGUUCAUGUUCUCCCAUACAAGCAUGCGACCAACCUCGGGACGGGCUGGAAGAGAUUCUGCUGGGAUAAUGAGAUCAAGGAAGGAGACACCUGCACAUUCAACAUUGUUGAAACCACGCUGUGGCAUGUUGUCAUUGUGCAUCGAUAA